AUGGUCCUCCCCAAGGUCACCGAAUCCAGGCGAAACUCUUCAGGACGGGAUCUUCGUACACAAAGCAGAAAUGUUGUGCCUUCAAGGACUCCCGAAAUCAUACAAAUACCUGGGCGGUUCAGCGCGCUUGGAACUGAUAGCACUAUAGCAGUAGUGGGAAAGAAGCAAGAGACUCGCGCAAGAGUAAAAGUUGAGCCCGAGAGUCCCGAUAACACGGUAUACCCAACCUCGCCAGCAUCUCCACGUCAAGACUACAGGGAAGAAGCGAAAGUAGUCAAGCCCGGAGGGCCUUCCUCCCGUCAUCAUACAGUCCACAUCAAGGUCGAAGAUAAAGCCGAUCCCGAUACACCUCCACGCUACCCAUCCAUCACAACAGCCUGGUCCAAAUCUCCACUCCGUGUGCCAACUCUCAUGGCUGAACAGUUCUAUCGGUCUACGGUAGUCAAGAAGGAGAGCGAUGUUUCUCUGGUACAUAGAGACGUACUGUCACUACGGAGCCAAACUUCAGGUCCGUCGGUUAGCUCAAGCUACAAAAGGUUUGCUGUCGAGACGUUCCGUGACUUCGAUGCGUCGCACCCAGCCUCCAAAGUCAAAAUAGGAGAGGAACCAGAGAAGGGAUACUACAUCCCGACAGGAGCGAGCAAAGUCAAGCAUGAAGCGGCAUCUUCCUCCACAAACCUUUACCACCGCCAUCCCGGCCCCACAGACUAUUCCAGUUCAUACCAGAAAGCGCCUGCAAAACAUGAUCCAGCAUCACAUUCUUCGCCCGACCUCAGACGUACGCGAAGCCACUGCACCGCCGCGCCAACCCCGGAACUCCGCUCCGAAACCAAGUUCUCUUACCUCCAACCCAUCACACCCACACCCUUCAGCACCCCCUACGGUCUCGUCAACCCCCACCCUCCCGACCCAUCGUUAUACCUCAUCCCCGGGUCCCUGAUCGAAGGAGUUCAACGUCGUACAAAGUGGGGCCAGAGAGAUAGACGGACGAAGCGGCAGCCGCCAGCUCUGCACCCACGAGGUGUGCCCGCAGCCGAGGGUGUUGCUAGUGAUAAGCAAAACGCUAAACAAGCAGGAGCGGACGGGGCUGGAAGUGGCGGAAAAUGUGCAUGGUACAGACUUUCGCUUUGCAAAUGCUCCAAAUGGAUUAGUUGUAUCAAGGCAAAGUGCUCGCGUGCUGCUAAGAAGAAGUGGUGGCAGAGGAGUAAACAGCAUCAGUACACCACGGAAAGGAGGGAAGACAGUGGGUUUUAUGUUGUGAGGCGGGAGAUUGGUCCUAAUCUUAGGGUUACGGUUCGGGAUGUCUGA